AUGUAUCGUGUCAUUCGAACUUGCAGCAGAAGAAGGCUCUACUGUAACAAGGCUGUGAAUGGAGGUUCAACUGAAACUAGUAGAGUCAAUGGUGGUGUGAAUGAGUCUUCUGGUGGUUGUGGGGCUGGUGGUCUGGGUGUGAAUGGGUCUUCCUGUAGUGGUGGUAGCGAGGCAGUUGGUGUGAAGGGGAGUUCUAGUGGGGCUAUCCAUAGAGUGAAGGCUGGUGCUGGUGGGCGAGGAGUGGUAACAAUGGGGGAGCUAAUGGGGGUAGGCGUAAUCAUAGUAGUAAUGGCAAUAUGGGUGCUGAUAAUGGGGGUGAUGGUAGUGGUAAUGGGGGUAGGGCUGAUGGAUGGUUUGAGAGGCUGUGAAUGGAGUUCAACUGAAACUAGUAGAGUCAAUGGUGGUGUGAAUAGGUCUUCUGGUGGUUGUGGGGGUGGUGGUCUGGGUGUGAAUGGGUCUUCUUGUGGUGGUGGUAGCGAGGCUGUUGGUGUGAAGGGGAGUUCUAGUGGGGCUAUCCACAGAGUAAAGGUUGGUGUUGGUGGGGCGAGGAGUGGUAGCAAUGGGGGAGCUAAUGGGGGGUGGGCGUAA